AUGCUACUGCUCCAAUAUGCCACUUCAGGGUGGCUGGUGGCGACUGCUGUACUGUCACUGUCCCUGUAUAGCGUCGCUCUAGUCGUCUACCGACUUUUCUUCAGUCCUAUACGGAGAUUCCCAGGCCCUCGACUGGCAGCGGCCACCUUCUGGUACGAAUUUUACUACGAUGUCGUUCUGGGUGGGCAGUACACCUUCCAUAUUGCUCACCUCCAUGAAAAAUGCGGCCCUGUCGUCCGAAUUAACCCGCACGAACUGCAUGUCCACGAGUUCGACUUCUACAAUCAACUCUAUACUGCAGGAGGACGGACUCGACACAAAUGGUACUGGGCGUCGCGGGCAUUCGGGGCGGACUUUUCCACCUUUGCAACCGAGCGGCAUGAGGAUCACAGAAUGCGUCGGUCAGCGUUGAACCCGUCCUUUUCCACGGCUCAGGUACGAAAAUUAGAGCCACUCAUUCAAAGUCGGGUUUAUUCCGUCAUGAGGAGAGUGAGGCAGUUUAAAGAGGAUGGGAGUGUUUUGCCUCUGGACGUGAUGUUUGGAGCAUUCUCGGCCGGUAGGUUGGAGUCUACAGACCUAGCAAGAGCCAUGACUGACAACCCCAACAAAGAUGUGAUUACCGAGUAUGCGUUUCGUCGUCCUGGACGUAAACUCGAGGCUCCUGACUUCGACGAUGAUUUCCACACAGCCUGCAUCAACGGUGGCAAGCAGCUUUUCCUAACACGACAAUUCCCUUGGCUGCUCAAAGUGAUUCGGACAAUUCCUCCUCAUAUGACACUCAAAUUCAACCCUUCCAUGUCGUCGUUUUUUGCGAUGCACAAGGACAUUGCGAUGCAGGUCAGGUCCGUCCUAGACGAACCCAGUUCCACCAACAAAGCACCCACUGUAUUCCACAAGAUCCUAGAUAGCAAGAUUCCCGAGCAUGAGAAGUCGUUUAACCGGCUGGCUUCCGACGCAGGCUCGCUAGUCGGCGCAGCGACAAUCACCACAUCAUGGGCGCUUACACAUGCCGUAUUCCACCUCUUAAAUAAUCCCAGCUGCCUCAAGAAAUUGAAAACCGAACUAGCAGACGCCUUAACCCCCGCUUCCCACGACCACGGCGAGACGAUCCUGCCUAUAUUGGAACAACUCCCAUACUUCACUGCCGUGAUCCAGGAAGCAUUGAGACUAUCGGUCGGUGUGUCGACUCGCCUCGCCCGAGUAGCUCCAGACGAGGUCCUCACCGUGAAGGACUCGACAAGGACUGAGGGGGAGUGGAAGAUCCCACCCUCAACCCCUGUUUCCAUGAGCCAGCAGCUGAUCUUGUACGACGAGCGCAUCUUCCCGUCUGCAUCUGCAUUCCGGCCCGAGCGGUGGAUCGAAGAUCCAGGGCUGAUCAGAUACCAAGUCGCGUUUUCCAGAGGAUCGCGCGCUUGUCUGGGGAAGCAUCUGGCUCUUGCGGAGAUGUAUCUUCUGCUCGGGGGGCUUUUUUCGUCUUAUGGUUCGCCGGAGGUCCGGAUGCCCGGGGAUCUUGGAUAUCUCGAGUUGUAUGAGACGGAUAAGAGCGAUAUUGAAUGUGCGGUGGAUGCUUUCUUGCCAUUGCCAAAGGUUGGAAGCAAGGGGGUUAGAUGUAGGGUGUUGGCCUGGGAGCAUGCAAAGUAG